AUGGAGUCCUAUUCUUCUCCCACAUCCAGCGAGGUAACCCUCACCAAUGGAGAAGCAGACCUUGAGAAGUACCUGUCCAAGGAGAUGGGCUCGGUCUCAACCGACUCAGGUCAUGACCAGGUUGACUUGGAGGCUCAAACGCCGCUACCCCAAAAGAAGCCGUUAGCCGGCUUGCGCUUUGCCCUCCUCACAAUCUAUCGACGACUCUUCACCCUUGUCUUUCUCGCAAAUGUAGGCGUUUUUGUGGCGGUCAUGCUUGCAGACCGCAAGCUGAUUGCCCUGGUCAACGCAACGGCCGCCAACUUGCUCGCAUGCGGGCUGGCCCGACAGCCACUAGUCGUCAACAGCAUCUUCUACCUGGUGUGCUCGAUGCCUCGGUCUGCCCCAUCUCCGUUGCGCCGAUUGGCCGCACAGGUGUACCACUAUGGUGGCGUUCACAGCGGGUGCGGAGUAGCUGCUCUAGUGUGGUACGUUGGGUUCGUUGGUGUCAUGUCACACCAGUAUUGGACGCCAUCUCCGACUAGCGCAUCGGCUGUCAGCAUUUCAGCCGCCCCCGUUGCCGUGGCUUAUAUCAUUCUCGUGCUUCUGUUGGCGAUCACCGUUGUCUCGCAUCCCACGUUCCGCACAAAGUUCCAUGAUUAUUUCGAACUGAUCCACCGUUUCUCCGGGUGGCUGGUCGUGGCCCUGUUCCUAGUGCUGCUGAUGCUGUUCGCGCAUGAAAUCAGCUCGGCCCAGAAUCAGCCCCUCGGCUAUUUUCUCAUCACCCUGCCUGCCUUCUGGUUCUUGAUCGUGACCAUUGUGGCGAUCAUUCAACCUUGGCUCAUGCUCCGCAAGGUCCCGGUGCGGGCUGAGAAGCUCUCUUCUCACGCCGUUCGGUUACACUUCGACCACACAACCACGACCUUUGGCAAGGGAACCCAGUUGUCCAAGCACCCCCUGCGUGACUGGCAUGGGUUUGCCACUUUCCCUGACCCCACCCCGCUAGGAACGCGUGGGAGGCCUAGCUUCUCCUGCUUGGUAUCCAAGGCUGGUGAUUGGACGGCUGCCACUAUCAACGAACCGCCAACGCACUUCUGGAAGCGUGGCGUUUUGAUCUAUGGCUUUGCAUAUGCCAUGCGCGUCUUCAAGCGGGUCAUCGUUGUAACCACAGGCUCGGGCAUCGGCCCCUGUCUGUCGUUCCUGGGCGAUGACAACCGACCCGCCCUGCGGGUGAUGUGGCAGGCUCGCGCCCCGCUAAAAACGUAUGGACAGGGGGUUCUAGAUCUGGUUCGCCAAAUGGAUGAGAACCCCAUCGUUUUGGACACGGACCAAACCGGUCGUGUCGACAUGGUGCCAAUCAUUGCACACCAGUUCAAGGAGUUCGACGCCGAAGCCGUGUGCGUGAUCAGUAACCCUGUGCUGACAGGGCGCAUCGUUCAUGAGCUUGAAGCGCGAGGCUUCCCAGCGUUUGGCCCGAUUUUCGAUUCUUGA